ACGGUCGGCUCCCUGCCGCUGAGUGGCCGCUUCCACCCGGUGGGUUUUGCGCUGCGCGCCGGCGAGGCGGAGCCUGCGGGACAAGAUGGAGCUCCUGCAGGUCCUGAAGCGCGGGCUGCAGCAGGUCAGCGGCCACGGCGGCCUCCGCGGCUACCUACGGAUUUUGUUCAGGGCCAAUGAUGUGAGGGUUGGUACAUUAGUGGGGGAAGACAAAUAUGGAAACAAAUACUAUGAAGACAACAAGCAGUUUUUUGGCCGUCACCGAUGGGUUAUAUAUACCACUGAAAUGAAUGGCAAAAACACAUUCUGGGAUGUGGACGGAAGCAUGGUGCCCCCUGAAUGGCAUCGUUGGCUUCACUGCAUGACUGAUGAUCCUCCGACAACAAAACCACCUACUGCUCGUAAAUUCAUUUGGACAAACCAUAAAUUCAACGUGACUGGCACUCCACAACAAUAUGUACCUUAUUCCACAACUAGAAAGAAGAUUCAGGAGUGGGUCCCACCUUCAACACCUUACAAAUAAAGACAAUUAAAAACAUUUUAAACAUGUAAAAUGUGAGGCUUGACAUGUAAUUGUACUUUUACUGCUUACUAUUAACGUCAUUAAAAUUGUUUGAUUAAGCCA